AUGGAACACCCUUCCUUCCCCAUGUCUCAAGACGACAACUGGACGUUAUGUUUCCCUCGCGGUUCUUCGACUCCAGUACUCGUAAAGAGUCCUAAACCCGCCUACGUCCCGGCAUACCAUAUCCUUCUCCGAAUGGACCGAUUCGGCUUUUCCGCCAAUAACAUCACCUACCAGGCGUUGGGAGAACAUCCAAGUCUUCGCUACUACGACUUCUACCCCGCACCGUCCAAACCAGAAGAAAACAUAUCACCAGAAACUCACGGUGUAGUUCCCGUAUGGGGCUUCGCCAACGUUCUCGUCUCUUCCCACCCUCAAGUUCAUGUCGGCGAACGACUCUACGGUUAUUUUGCACCUGCGAAAUAUAUCCUCCUUCCUAUCGACCCUACAGAUAUCAAUAAACACGCCAUGUACGUCCCCCGACCACAGUUUCCAUCAGACCGUAGACUAUACCACCAAAUCACCCGUUGCACCACAGACCCUCUCUAUACAGGCCCGAAAUAG